GGCGCAGGCGCAGUGUCCCCGGGCCAAGAUGGCGGCGCGGUGCUCCCCACGCUGGUUGCUGGUGGCCGUGGGGACCCCGCGGCUGCCGGCGGCUGCGGGGAGAGGGGCCCGGCCGCCCAGGGCGGGCGUGGUUGGGGCGUCGCUGGGCCGCAAGCUGAGCGUCACCACCUUCCUGCCUUCCCUGGGAGCUCGCGGCCCCGGGGCGCUGCUGACAUUGAGACCGGGUGUCAGCCUCACAGGUGUAAAAAGUUACCCUUUUGUUUGUACUGCCUCCUUCCACACGAGUGCCUCUUUGGCCAAAGAGGAUUAUUACCAGAUAUUAGGAGUGCCCCGAAAUGCCAGCCAGAAGGAAAUCAAGAAAGCCUAUUACCAGCUUGCAAAGAAAUACCACCCAGACACAAAUAAGGAUGAUCCUAAAGCCAAGGAGAAGUUCUCCCAGCUGGCAGAAGCCUAUGAGGUGCUGAGUGAUGAAGUGAAGAGGAAGCAGUACGAUGCCUACGGCUCCGCUGGCUUCGAUCCUGGGGCCAGCGGCUCCGGGCAGAGCUACUGGAAAGGAGGCCCCACUGUCGACCCAGAGGAGCUCUUCAGGAAGAUCUUUGGGGAGUUCUCCUCAUCUUCUUUUGGAGAUUUCCAGGGUGUAUUCAAUCAGCCUCAGGAGUAUAUCAUGGAGUUGACCUUCAAUCAAGCUGCCAAGGGUGUCAACAAGGAGUUCACUGUGAACAUCACUGAUACCUGUGAGCGGUGUGACGGCAAGGGGAACGAGCCUGGCACCAAGGUGCAGCACUGCCACUACUGCGGCGGCUCUGGCAUGGAAACCAUAAAUACAGGCCCUUUUGUGAUGCGCUCCACAUGUCGGAGGUGUGGUGGUCGAGGCUCCAUCAUCACUACUCCCUGUGUGGUCUGCAGAGGAGCGGGACAAGCCAAGCAGAAGAAGAAGGUGGUGAUCCCUGUGCCUGCCGGAGUCGAGGAUGGCCAGACUGUGAGGAUGCCUGUAGGAAAAAGAGAAAUUUUCAUCACAUUCAGGGUGCAGAAAAGCCCCGUGUUCCGGAGGGACGGCGCAGACAUCCACUCCGACCUCUUUAUUUCUAUAGCGCAGGCUAUUCUCGGGGGGACAGCCAGAGCCCAGGGCCUGUAUGAGACCAUCAACGUGACGAUUCCCCCUGGGAUUCAGACAGACCAGAAGAUUCGGAUGAGUGGGAAAGGCAUCCCCCGGAUUAACAGUUACGGUUAUGGAGAUCACUACAUUCACAUCAAGAUAAGAGUUCCGAAGAGACUGACAAGCCGGCAGCAGAGCCUGAUCCUGAGCUACGCCGAGGACGAGACUGACGUGGAGGGGACAGUGAACGGUGUCACCCAGACAAGCACUGGUGGCAGCACCACGGAUAGCUCCGCAGGAGGCAAGGCUAGGCCCGAGGCUGGGGAGGACAAGGAGGGAUUCCUUUCCAAACUUAAGAAAAUGUUUACCUCCUGAUAGCCCAGCCGAGGAAAACGGUCCACUGGAAACUAGGUCUGGAGCAGCUGCCCCUCCUUGGAGCCAAGGCAUCUUGGAGACAGGAGGAUUCCAGAGCAGCAGCACCAAGCCCCUGCCUGCAGAGGCCCUCUGGACUGCCUUGGCAACAACAAAAUCAUGUGACGACACGCCUCUCCACGCAACUCUCACGGUGGACAGCCCUAGGCGGUAAGGUGUAGCAUGCCUAAGGGCUGCUAGAAGUCUCCUGUCCAUGGCUCAGGCAGAGUAAGACAGCUGGAAACUUCUUGCAGAGCCAAAACUCUAUCUGGAAUCGACUGUGGUGGAGAUCUUAGAUAAAGAAUUAAAGGCCAUGCUUACAGCUUAAAAAUGAAGCCUUAAGCUGCACCGAGUCAUGAAGUGAUUAAUUUCCCUCUCAUCAACCCUCCGGGAGGUUCCAGAAUGAGUUUUUCCUGACAGAUUGUCUUUUCCGGGAACCUGGGGCUUGUAUGUCCCACCGUCAUCCACCUCUCAGCAGGGGCAUCCCUUGCUCUUCUUGGAAUUUGUUUUAAUCCUCAAAGGUACCAAGCAGCUGGAACAUGGGGGCUUUGGGGCCUGGGGAGACAUGUAUGAAGAGGGUGCCUGGAGAUGCCACUCCUGACCACAUGGGCUGGGAUCUUGUCAGGAUGGACAGUCCUUCCUCCCACCCCCGCAGGGUGGCCUCUUAGCCCUGACUAGAGUUCUGUUGUUCUAAGUCAGGUGUGAGUGGGGCUCCUGCCCUUCUUGGGACCUCAGCCAUCUGUGGCCGCAGCCUGGGGCAGACUAAUGGCCUGGUUAACCCAGAGCCCUGCCCCCGCUGCCAGCCAGGGGCUUGGUUCCCCCUGUUCUCAUUGUUGACAUCUGUUUUCAGAAGUGUGUUUAAAUUAUUCAGUGCUAAGAAUCAUUGUCUUUUCCCAUAUAAAUGUUUGUUCAGCAAAGGAAAGCACAGUCGAAGCAGUUGAAGGCUCUCCACUGUCCAGCCAGAGCAAAACAUACUGUUUCCCCAGCCUCGGCCUGUAGGAUGUGUUCCAUGUUUCCAGAUCCUCCCACGGUGGUAAGACAGGUUAAUGGAGAACACUUCUGAAUAGUUUCCUUUUGGUUUUCCUUCAUAAUUUACUAAAAUAAAGCAUCUGUUAGUCUGAUUUAAGAAUGUAAAAUGAUUCUGUAUCAAUGUAAAUAAGGUGAUCUACUGCAAAAAGAUAUUUAAAACCUAAA